UGUCAGCUUUCUGGUUUCUGGUUAGGUUUAUCCCGUUUAUGUUAAAAGAAGAGCGUGCUAUAUUAGCAAUUUAAUCACCGUAUAUCCAAAACUACUGAUUUGAGUUAGCAUCGAAAUCCAGAGUUGUUUAUCUGCGCAUUUCAUGGCCAUGGACCCGCUUUUCGUGACUCCCAUAUUGCCGGAAUGUAAAAAUGAUACGAUAACUAUGCAGUACAAAAUCCCCACCGAACGAUUUGUGGAGAGCACGAUGUGGGUCGGGUGUCGCUCGUAUAUUGUUGAUAUCGAUGUCGGGAAACAGCGGGAUCAUCCUGAGAUAAGCGAUCAUACUUUGAAAGUUUGCAUUCAUGUGCUGCAGUCCGAUGGCCGGGUAUUACAGACCAUCAGCGUCUUACCGGCCACGAAAGACAAGAACACAGUGGUAUCUCCCGUUCCAGUAGUGGAAGCAACUACCAGGGGAAUAUGUGUGAAUGAGAAUGCUUACGCACUUGGCCAAGCGGGACACCUGGAUUCCGCUCAAUCCCUACAGUGGCUCAUCAAAGCAGUUCAGAAUCCCAGUUUGGCUUAUGUAUUAGAUAAAGCAAACGGACAGUUGAUCCACGUCAUUGUUACUUAUCGCACCAUAAAUAACCGCACCACACUGAAAAACCUCCUGGACACUAGACUACUAACCGAUUGCACGCUGGUCUCUAGCGAGGGAACCCAGUUUCCCGCCCAUCGCGCCAUCUUGGCGGCUCAGUCGCCGGUCUUUGCCGCCAUGUUUCAGAAUGACACCAGCGAGAAGGCCAACGGGACUUGUAACAUCAUCGAUUUCGAAGGAGACAUUCUACAGCUGCUGGUCCGUUACGCGUAUACCCGGGAAUUAUCUGCUGAAGACGGUGGGAAACAAAUCGUCAAACUGUGGUGCGCCGCUGACAAGUAUGAUAUUCCGGAGCUGCGUAACGCGUGCGAAGAUCUGAUGGUGGCAUCUGUCAAGAAAGAAAACGCUCUGGAGUAUUUCCUAUUCGCUCGUGAGCGAGGUCUGCAGGAGCUGCAAAAGAAAGCCGGCAUCUGUAUCGGGAAUAAUCCACUGCAUGUUUGAAUCGGCGCUCUUCACUGUCUUUUUAUUAAAAUAA